CUCGGAAAGCAAGCUCGCCGUCGAAGCCACGACGCGCGCCGGACGGCCGUGCACCAUGCAAGCAGCUCACGGCACGCCCGGCGAGGCCUCGCUGUGGUACACGGCACGGCGGCACGGCGCGGCACGCGGCCAGCUCGAAUUAGCAGCCGGCCUAGCGCAUCUCGCACGCCCAAACAUACCCCGUGCCCUCCUUUCACAGCGUGCCAGGCCAGACGCAAACAUCGAAGCACACUUGCCUCUGCGUGCCAGAGCGGCAGCUGUUGGCGGGCUGGAUGUUCGAGAUUGCCGGAGCACGUCGCGUCGAGGAGCGCGCAGCAGAGUGCAGCGUUCGCGGCGGCAGGCUCGCAGCGGCGCCAGGAGAGAUGCUGCCUGGCGGGCGCGCGCUUCGGGAGCCCACGUUCGCAGCGUCGUGGACCCGCUGCUGGCCCCGACGGUGCGGGGACGCUCGCGUCCAAGGCGUGCUCGACCGGCAGCCGCAGGCACAGCACCUCUCCAGCACGAGAUGCCGCCGGGACCGAGCCACGCAACGCAGCGCGGAGAAACGUGGGCGUCGUCGAGCUGGCCGACGAAUGCUCUGCUGCUGCGCUCUCGGGCGCUGCAGCACCUGCGGCAGCUCGCUGCUUCAGCAUGCGCUCUCUGAGCGGCUGAGUCUCAUCUCACGCAGCUGCGGCUCGUUCGGCAGGCAUGCUUCGACGCGGACGAGCGAGCGCCACAGAGCGCAGCGCUGCGUCCGUCGGCCAGCGAGUAUUAAAAGCCAGCCGGCGUGCACGCGGCUCUCCGACGUCCGCCCGCCUCAGCCAGCCAUUCGCUCGUCCAGACCUGCACGGGCGGCAAUGCCAGCCUCUGCUCUUGCUGCGUGAGGAUUCCGACGAGUCGUCGCUCGAGCAAUGGCGUGCUCGCCGUGCAGCCACGCUGCCGAGAGAGGCGGCGCGGGCAUUCGAGAG